AUUUGACUUAAUCUAAAGUAAAGGGAUAUGGAGGAGACGGAGAAUUGUGGUGGCUCAUGAUUGGCUCCUAGAGAUCAAAACUUCCCUCGGAAAUCACAUAACAUCUGAGUAAACUUUAAGACAUUUACAUGGAUGUACCCAACACCAACACCAACACCAACACCAAUACCAACGCCAACAGACAGAUUCUCUAUAAUAUUCAGAAUUCCUUUUCUCACUUCAUCAGAAAUUCAGAUCCAUUUAUGAUUUAUUUACAUUUACAUCUACAAGUAGACUUCUCUCUCUUUCUUCAUCAUAUGACGUAAAGAAUCAGAAAGCAUCAUCCUCAUUAUAAUCCCCAUUUCCCCAGCUUCUUCCUAUCUUCUAAUGUAAUGAUGUAAUGUAAUGCACUAAGUUACUCUAUUAUUCCGUACCCUACCAGGCUACUAUACCAUGAAUCGCACUUUCACAGAUUACAACUCUUCCGUCAUCGGCGCCAGAAAUUCUACUUCUACUCCGCACCAGCAACUCCACAACCACAACCACCACCGUAGAGCUCAUAGCUUUAAUGCCGCCGUCUCCAAACACCCGGAUCAUGAUAAUCUCGAUCUCUUUUCCCGCUCUCGUCCUAUUCUCUCUCUUACUCCCUCCGACCAUUCCCUAGUUUCUAUGAAAUUGGGGAAGAUUUCAGUUGGAUCGGUGAAACUGCCUGCUAGAAAUGCAUUGGAUGACCUGUUGGCGUCCACGGAUGGCGGCAAGCACGAUUAUGACUGGCUAUUGACACCUCCAGAAUCUCCUCUUUGUGCUUCGUCAGAGAGGAGUGAGUUACAACCGAGCUUUGUUACUCCAAGAUCUGCUAGUAGGUCCACCUUAACAACUAAACCUUCCAGGCUCUCAACUGGACAGUUAGAUAGCGGCCAUUCCUCAAAACCUGCAAGAAGCAGCUCUGUGACUCGCUCUUCUGUAUCUUUAACCCUUAAUAGUACUUAUUCUUCAAAUAGAUCCAACUCAUUAUUGAAUACAAGUUCAGCCUCUGUUUCGUCUUAUAUAAGACCAUCCUCUCCCAUCGCACGUUCGUCAACAUCAUCUAGACCUUCCGCUCCUACUCGAACAACCCACUCACGAUCUUCUACCCCUUCUAGACCCCGUUCAGCUUCCACUAUCUCUUCCGGCGACAAACCACGUCAAUCACAAAACUCAAGGCCCUCUACUCCUACUAGCUCUAGAUCUCAAAUUCCUGCUAACCCUAAUUUUCCCGUCACUAGAUCAAAUUCUCGCCCAUCAACUCCAACUCGGCGUAGUCCAUCAUCUAAUUCAGCAGCACCCAGUCUUUCUGUAUCAACAGGGCGUGUGGUGUCUAAUGGACGCAGCCAGACAUCAACAUCUCGACCUAGCUCCCCUAGUCCCAGGAUUCUAUCUCAGCAGUCAGUUAUUCCCUCUGAUUUUCAACAUGAUACACCCCCCAAUUUAAGGACAACAUUACCAGAUAGACCUGUUUCUGCUGGGAGGUCGAGACCAGGAGGCUCUAUGGCAUCAAGAAUAAAUACAGAGACUUUAAGCUCUGUUAAUAUGCUAAGAAGACCAUCGUCUCCUACUGUGAGUAGGGGUAGGUCUGUUGAACCACAUGGAAGGGGUCAUCUUCACUUUAAUGGGCGCAAUGCAGACAUGACUGAACCUAGUAGAUCAGCUGUUUCUGAUUCAAUGAGGUUACCUGCUAAGGCGUUGGCAACAGUGGAAAAUGGUGGCAUUGGAAGGACUAUAUCAAAGAAGUUACUUGACAUGGCCAUAAGGAAUAUGGAUAUUCGAAAUGGUUCAGGAAGCCUGCGCCCACUUCCAAGUUCCUCCCUGUUUCCUCAGAGCAUCCGUUCUUCACCAUCCAGAAACCAUGCGGUCCAUGGAUCUGGUAGCCCAACAUCUGUGAACAGUAAAAGUCCGUCACUUAGCAGUAAUGGGUCCAUAGUAGAGAAUGGUUCAUUUGCUAGUCGGUUGCAUGAGAAUGGGAAGAAAGAAGAAAUUGGUCGGAUGUUUGGGAGAUUGACAGCAGCAGACAUGUACGAGAGCACCAGAUAUGAUGCAAUUCUACUAAAAGAGGAUCUUAAAAACACUACUUGGUUGCAUAGCGUGGAUGAUAUGUCUGAUCAGUGCUCCAUAUUUGAAAAUGGAUUUGAGCCCCUGCCAGAACCUUUCGGCCUCUCGUGAAUGUUACAGUGAAUAUCUUAUUUUUGAUUGGAGAAGAGCUGAAUAUGUUGAUUAGUUAUACAAAAAUCUCCCCUGGGUUUCCCAUGUUUCCAAGUGUCUAUAUGGUGUAAUUGAUGUUAUACAUUUAAUUUUAAUGCCCUGGAUAAUUCCAAGGCAAUAGUCAUAGUUUUUAUAUAUUUAAUUUCUUUUGCUUGGAUAUAAAUUGAAAAUUAUGCACUAUUAUCAAAUUUAAAAUUUCAAGCAAUCAUGACACUUAGCAUUUGGCAAGAAUUUGCACAUGAAAAACAAGGUCUAGGUAGAAAUAGUUAGUCUUGGAUACUGGUAGCUAUAACAGAGAA